ACGGCACGCUGCACAGUAGCGCCAGGCGCAGCACUUGCAGCAGACGCACCGCUGGUCUUGGCAGCAGCAUCUUGGAAAGCAAAUGUUUCAUUAGUUACACGCAGACAAAGACUUUGCCAGCCACUGGCUCGUGCACACAAAGCGAGUGACUAGUAAACAACUUGUACUGAUGCGACCUCGUACAACUGCUGACAACUGUCGACUUCAACAAGUCACUUUGCUGGUGGACUACAAACGUCAUUUUGUGACCAACAGUCACCAGAAGACACCUGGUCAGCAGAACUGCUUCUGUGGUCAGGACACUGCACGUCAGACACCUCCCCCAUCUCCUGAAGGCCUGGUGCUAGGCAGGUGAGUAGUGCUUCUUACUGCCUGGACACAAGAGGGGAGGACAUCGGUACAUUGGACUGGGGUGGACUGGUAAGUCUAACUCUGACAUAUGAAGUGGAAUAACCCCGAUACACCGUGGAAUGGUAACUCUGACCUUAACACGCAGUGAGGGAGUGGCUUGGUAAGUCCAGAGCGGCUUUCAGCGAGAGUGUAGCGGUCCACCUGAAGUUUUCACAUCAGCCCUAAACUCCAAGCUUCCGCAAGGAAGUUGAGUCCCUGGAGUUUCUCUGUCAGCUCUGACCACCAGCGAUGUCGAGGCUGUGGGCAGUGAAGGUGCCCCGACUUGCCCUGACCUGGGACUGCGUGUCCAUCCUGCUGAGCCUUGUCAUGGCCGCCUCCUCAAGUGACCUCGAGAUGUUACAGCCUGGUCGUCACGUGUGUGUGCAGCAGCAGCAGAGCGCGCAGCCCGUGCCGUUCCGUCAAAGCUACCACCGCGCCGUUUACCGCCAAACCAUGCACAUGUGCGAGGGCUUUAGGGUCUGCUCUCGACUGGCAUUAUCCUACCAGACGGCCUAUCGAACUGUGUUUCACAUGCAGAUUCGAACCCAUCUCGUGCAGGGCUGCUGUCCUGGCUGGCAGAAGGCCUCGCCCUAUGAGACCAGUUGCACCCAACCGGUGUGUAGUGGUGACUGCCACAACGGAGGCACGUGUGUGGGUCCAGACACGUGUCAGUGCGCUGAUGGCUGGACCGGCCCCCUCUGCCAGACAGAUGUGGACGAAUGCGCGGUAGAGAACAAGUGUCAGCAGGUGUGUCACAACCUGCCCGGCAGUUACGAGUGCGUUUGUCAAGAUGGCUUCAAGAUUCAAGACGACCGCCGCUCCUGUCGCCUGUGCCUGAGUUGUCUGCCCGAAUUCCAGGAGAUGCAGGGUACGAUCUCGUCGCUUAGCAACAAAGUGCAGGAGCUAGAGACAGAGAAGGAUCGCCUGCUGACCAACCUGACCAGCAUGGCGCGGGACUAUGAGAGCGCCAUGGACAACAUGCACGCCAUGCAGGCCGCUACCCUCAAUGACGCCAAGACUACCACACCACUGGUGGGGCUGGACGACAGCAGCGCCUUCAUGGAGCCCGGCAUGAUCUCCCUCGUCCAUCUGGCGUCACUUAGCAACCAGAUCUCUAUGCUGGAGGAGCGUAUGGCCGACUGCACCUGCCGUGACUAUGAUGACAGCGACCGCCACUGAUGGAGGCGUCACCUGCAGCACACCAUGAUGAUGAUGAUGAGUAGAAUUCAGUCAUCUGGGACAUCAUGGUGGUGACGAAGAAUAUCUCAACUGUUACACAUUAUGUUGGUGAUGAGGAAAACAUACUGUGACAUUUACAUCAUCACGAUGGCGACCACAACAUCUGGGACACUUACAUCACGAUGACGAGCAAUUCAUCAUCUGAGAUAUUCGUAUGAUGGCACUGAUACGUAAAUUUCACAUUGCCCAAAAGCACCUUAAAUAUCACAUUGCCCUCAAAUACCUCAAAUACUCAAAGGAGUAGUGUGCUGCGGAUAUCGGAGAUAUGAGGGCGCCACAGGCCUGUUUUCCAUACCUGUGGGUGGAUGAAUACAUACUCUGGUCUGUGGACUGACGUGUCAGUACCGCACUGAUGAAUACCACAGUGGUGCCAUCUGCUUGGCGCGAUGUAGUGUUCAUGGAUGUUGAUGUGGAUGUGAGUGUCUGACCUCUUGCAAAUCACUGGCUGCCUUGUCAGAGGCGGGGCUACCAGCACACAGCCUAGCCGGACACGUGACGUCAUGAUGGUGCGAGCUGCUGACAGUCAGCGACAACAACAGCAACUUGGUCAGCAUGCUGUAUACGCGGUGUUCUUGCCACUGUCAUGUCUUUUACUAGAGAGAGAGAGGAUGAUAGAACACAGAAAGGAACAAUGUCUUCUUCGUGCCUUUCUCAUACCCGUCAUUUGAUCCAAGGGAGACAACCUCUGUGUGAGCGUGCGAGAGAAAGAUAUGGAUAGGCCGCUCGGCCCCAGAGACAGAUUAUAAGUACAGACACAAAGUUCUUCCUUGCAUCUGAAUAAAUAUUCCUUUAAAGGGAUUGUAAAAGCAAAAUAAAACUGCUUAGAAUCGCGUAAAGAAUAGGA